GAUCGGUCCUGAGGAGAAGGACUCAGCCGCAGCUGCGGGACCCCGGGCACCGGGAGGCAGUGGUGGCGGCGGCGGCGGCAGCAGCAGCGGCGACAGCACAGGAGGAAGAGGAGGAAGAAGGAAAGAAAAAGAAGAGCCUCAACGACGACAGCUGGGACUGCGGGGCACCGGGGUAAAGCAGCGGCGGCGGCGGCGGUGGCGGUGGCGGCGGCGACGGCCCAGCAACCGUGAGGAUAAACAAAAGCCUUGUAAAUUAUAGUUUUACAGAAAAUCCAGGUUGGAGAGGGGAAGGAGAGAGCGAGCCGAGGGGGGAGGCCUUUCUCCUUGCGAGUAACUGCGGCCGUGGGUUUUUCCUUUUUCCUUCCUCCCCCUCCCCCCCGCGGAGAAUCGAACUGAGAGAACUGAACAAACCGCCCCUGGGUCCCAUGAGGGGAAAAAACCCCGGAGCCACCGAGAGGGGAAGCGGCAGAAACCGCAGGACCUUCCAGGUCGCCGCCUCGGUCCCCGCGCCCCCGGGCCACCAGCUCGCCCGCGUCCAGUGUCGCUAAGCAAACCCUUCCCAGGUCGCGACACCCCCAAGAGGGAGAAAAAAAACAAAACAAAACAACAAAAAACGGGUGUUUUUCAUCAACCCCUUUGAUGGGGGAGAGGAGGCCGGGGGGAGCCCAGGAACAGCGACCGCAGCGAGAUCCGCACCCGGAACCCCAGGAGUCAAACCUGCACCCCGCGAGAGAGCAGAGACAGGACCAGGAACGGCCAGAAAACGCCCUGCAAUCAUCCCCCCAUUAGUCAAUGCUGAUUUCCUCUCCCGCAACCAGGAAUUCACCUCCCACCCCCAGAUAAUCUAAUAUAAUCUAUAUAUAUAAAUAUAUAAUAUAUAAUGUUCUUAAAUUAUUCCUGAUUUUUUUAAACCAAGCUGCCAAGAAAAGAAGAACGUAUUCUCUCCCCUUAGCCCUAUUCUAAUUUUUAUGUGAAUCUAAACUGCUGAGGAAGACCCUAUGUGAUUGUUAAAUUAUAUAUAUAUUAUAUAUUUUUUACUCCGCACAAUGCUUAUUCUUCUACAUCCAUAGAUGCUUGAGAAGGUGUGUUUUUGUCAUUCAUGUACGUUUUCCUUUGGAAAAAGAAAGCGCCUAUUUUACUAACCAAAGACUUGAUUUUUACCUUCUUCAUUUUUAUUCCCUCCUAGAAAUAAACCCAGUUUGAUUCAUGUCAGUGUUUUAAGAGAUUUUUAAAUUUUUUUUUCUUUCGGAGAGACCAUUAUUCCAAAUCAGAGCUACUUAGAGUGAUAAGCUGUGAUCUUUGAGUUAGCUAUAAAUAAGACAUUUCAAGCAAACAACUUAAAUUUGGGAUAGAGUGCGGGGAAGGCGUGAGACAUCAGGUUGUCAUUUUUUUUUUUAUCGUGAGAUUCUGAUCCUAAAAAUAAUAAAUGGGGGAUUACGGGUUUGGAGUGCUAGUGCAAAGCAAUACUGGGAAUAAGUCUGCUUUUCCAGUCCGGUUCCAUCCACAUCUACAGCCUCCACACCAUCACCAAAAUGCCACCCCCAGCCCUGCUGCUUUUAUAAAUAAUAACACAGCUGCCAAUGGCAGCAGUGCUGGGUCAGCUUGGCUCUUUCCUGCUCCAGCUACCCAUAAUAUUCAGGAUGAGAUCUUGGGGUCAGAAAAAGCAAAAAGUCAGCAACAGGAACAGCAAGACCCUUUAGAAAAGCAGCAGCUUUCUCCAAGUCCAGGUCAGGAAGCUGGAAUACUGCCUGAAACGGAGAAAGCAAAAUCGGAAGAAAAUCAAGGGGACAAUUCUUCCGAAAAUGGCAACGGGAAGGAGAAAAUACGAAUCGAGUCACCAGUGUUGACAGGGUUUGAUUACCAAGAAGCCACAGGGCUAGGCAAUUCCACCCAGCCCUUGACAUCCAGUGCAUCGUCUCUCACUGGCUUCAGUAACUGGUCAGCAGCGCUUGCGCCUUCUUCCUCUACAAUAAUCAAUGAAGAUGCAAGUUUCUUUCACCAGGGAGGGGUCCCUGCUGCUUCGGCUAAUAACGGUGCUCUGUUGUUUCAAAAUUUCCCCCAUCACGUCAGCCCCGGCUUUGGAGGCAGCUUCUCUCCACAGAUCGGGCCUCUCUCACAGCACCAUCCGCAUCACCCUCAUUUCCAGCAUCAUCACAGCCAGCAUCAGCAGCAAAGGAGGUCUCCUGCCAGUCCCCAUCCCCCGCCCUUCCCACACAGAAAUGCUGCUUUUAACCAGCUGCCUCACUUGGCGAAUAAUCUUAACAAACCCCCCUCUCCUUGGAGCAGCUACCAGAGUCCCUCUCCAACCCCGUCUUCCUCCUGGAGCCCAGGAGGUGGCGGUUAUGGUGGCUGGGGAGGUUCCCAAGGCCGAGAUCACCGCAGAGGGCUGAAUGGUGGAAUAACACCCCUGAACUCCAUCUCACCUUUGAAGAAAAAUUUUGCAAGCAAUCAUAUUCAGCUCCAGAAGUAUGCCCGCCCCAGCUCUGCCUUUGCUCCUAAAUCCUGGAUGGAAGAUAGCUUGAACAGAGCUGACAACAUUUUUCCUUUUCCGGAUCGCCCCAGGACGUUUGACAUGCACUCACUGGAGAGUUCACUCAUUGACAUAAUGAGAGCUGAAAACGAUUCCAUUAAAGGUCGUCUAAACUAUUCAUACCCAGGAUCCGAUAGCUCUCUGCUUAUUAAUGGUCAGUCUUCACUGUUUCCAAUGGAAGAUGGAUUCUUGGAUGAUGGCCGUGGGGAUCAACCUCUUCAUAGUGGCCUGGGUUCACCUCACUGCUUCACUCACCAGAAUGGAGAAAGAGUUGAGCGAUAUUCUCGCAAGGUGUUUGUGGGUGGAUUGCCUCCUGACAUUGAUGAAGAUGAGAUCACAGCUAGUUUUCGUCGUUUUGGCCCUUUGAUUGUGGACUGGCCUCAUAAAGCUGAGAGCAAAUCCUAUUUUCCUCCUAAAGGCUAUGCAUUCCUGCUGUUUCAAGAUGAAAGCUCUGUACAGGCUCUCAUUGAUGCUUGUAUUGAAGAAGAUGGAAAACUCUACCUGUGUGUAUCAAGUCCCACCAUCAAGGACAAGCCAGUGCAGAUUCGGCCCUGGAAUCUCAGUGACAGUGACUUUGUGAUGGAUGGUUCACAACCGCUUGACCCAAGAAAAACUAUAUUUGUUGGUGGUGUUCCUCGACCAUUACGAGCUGUGGAGCUUGCGAUGAUAAUGGAUCGGCUGUAUGGAGGUGUCUGCUAUGCUGGGAUUGAUACAGACCCUGAGCUAAAAUAUCCAAAAGGAGCUGGGCGAGUUGCAUUCUCUAAUCAACAGAGUUACAUAGCUGCUAUUAGUGCCCGCUUUGUUCAACUGCAGCAUGGAGAGAUAGAUAAACGGGUGGAAGUUAAGCCAUAUGUCUUGGAUGAUCAGCUGUGUGAUGAAUGUCAAGGGGCCCGUUGCGGGGGGAAGUUUGCUCCCUUUUUCUGUGCUAAUGUUACCUGUCUGCAGUAUUACUGUGAAUAUUGCUGGGCUGCUAUUCAUUCUCGUGCUGGCAGGGAAUUCCACAAGCCCCUGGUGAAGGAAGGUGGCGACCGCCCUCGGCAUAUUUCAUUCCGCUGGAACUAAAGGAUAAAUAAUUGCAGUGCUCAUUUUCAGGCCUCAGAAUAAGUGCACUCUUCUGUUAAUUCUGACCCCUUCCUCAACCUCUUCACGCUGGCAUGUCCUCUUGUAGCAGUGUGUAACUUAACAAUAGUAUAAUGAAAAGAAUGGCCUAUAAUAUAGGUGUUUUGUAGAUUCUUGUGUCACUACAAACAAUAUGUAUGAACUCCUUUUUCAUAUUGCCAUCAUGCUGCAUGGAAGGUUUAUCCUCUUGUAUGCUGGAGACCAAGAGGACCCAAACUUCCUGCAACUUUUCUUAGAGGAGAAAGAGAAAUAUUAACAGAGAAACGAAACAAUAGAGUAUUUUGGGUUUUUAAUUAAAUUAUUGUUAAUAAUAUAACAUAUAAGAAUACUUUUAUUAAAAUAACCAUGCAACAAUAACACUAUCGGUCUGUCCUGACACAGUUUUCCCCCAGGGAAGUGCUUUUGCCUUUUCCUUUCUUUUUUUCUUUUUUGUGUCUCUUUUUUUUUCCAUCCCUUUUUGUUCUUUUAACAGCAGUGGAGGAAGUUAACAAUUAUUAACAGGAAAGAGCAUGUCAAUGCAAACAAAUGCAUGAGCAAGAUUGAGCAGCAUUAGAAUUCAUUUUAAGGGCUCAGAGGCUGAGUAGAAUUUCAUUAUGUCUCAAAGUUACUACAGUAUCAAAGAAAUAGUAAAGUAGGCAGAGCUAGGUUGAUUGUCUUUUAAAUAAUUUAAAAAAUUCAGAAUGUAAGAAUUGGGUAAAUUUACCACUGAGGGGAGUAGUGCACUUACUUAUCUUAAUUCUCUGGUCACAGCCCCAGGAAACCUACCAAAGCUAGAAUUGACAACAACUGGUGGGAAAACUAGCAUUUCCCCUCCUGAAGAACAAAUCUAUAAAUUUUAUUUUUGAUGUUAUAGAUAAACUCUAUAUCCUAAUUUACUAACACUCAUCAGGUGUCAGCCUUUGCUCUCCAUUUUGACAUUAGAAACAACAAAUCUAGAGAUACCUCAAGGAUAUCAGUUUUUGAUUUUGUGUUACAGUACACUUGUAGCCAAAACCAGAAGACAAAACAAUAUAGGAAUUGGCUGCUGAUUGGCUUACUUUUAGAUUUAAAGUUUCUUUGGAUAUCCUGUAAUUAGUUGUAACAUAGAAAACAGAAAAAAAAAAAAGCUAAAAAAAAGUCAAGUAGUUGCAAAGUGUUUUGCACUGUUGAACUAAGUAACUGUGUAAAUCUGUGCAAAGGUACGUAUGUUUAUCUUACUCUUCCUAUAAAAUAAAAUAACAUUACAGUUUCAGAACUUAGCAUGGGACAUAGUCAGUGUUUGAAGUGCCAACUUCAUCAAGUAAUGCAUGCUUUAUUAUAAAUAAAACUCUAGCUUCUAAAGGCGUUCUUAUGUGUUGAACAGUAUGCUUCAGGAGUAAAUUUUAAAGAGUCUCUUGAAGCCCUAGUCAUGGAAGUAACUUUAUUUUAAUUGACAUUUUCUUAUCAAAUGCCCUAUCCAUCAUUCAAAGGAUUAUUAUCAGUGUGCAAACCAAUUAAAUUAAAAAACAACCUAAUGGCGAUCUUGCUAGUUGUGCUACCUAACAGUACCAUCUUGGAUUCCUUCAAAACCAAAGACUUGCCCCAGCAUUGCUGUGGAACCACCUGGCUGAUGACCCGUACUGAUUAUCUUUAGGAAAGCAGUCCUUUAUUUUUAAUACAGGCUUUAAUGAACUAUACCUGUUAAGUUCCAAAGGUCAAAAUGGAGGCAUUUGCUGUCUAAGAGUCCAACAUAGGAAGGAAGCUGCUUUUGAGGAAUGCCCUGCAAACAGUGAAGCAGUCAUGCGAAUGGAGGUGCUCUCGUGUAGCUGGUCAGGGACUUUUUUCUUUUCUCCUGAACUACGUGAUUCUAAUUGGAUGUUCAUUUGCCUCUUUUUAUUUUAAACGCUUGUAGGUGGCUUGAGGUGUGCUAUUGUGCUGUUCCUACUCAGUAAACAGGUGUGAUGAGUUAACAAGAAAUAACACUGUUUGAGAACUAGCUUUGAAUAAUAAUUUUUCCCUUUGUACAUGACCUGCUGAAUUUCGGUACAGUGUUUUGUAGCUAACUUAUUUUGUCAUGCACAUAAUGUAUAUUUGUUAUGCACUACUUUUGUAUAUCUUGUUUUUCCAACAGUGAACAUUUUUAGGCACACUUUUCACUGACGGGAUAUCUCUUUAUGCAAUACCUCAAUUUUUCAUAUUGCAAAGAGUAGCUUUUUGUACUUUUAUUACUGAGAGAUCUUCAUAUACUUCAUUUUUUAAUAUAAAUAAUUUUAAUAAAUUUUAUUUUCUUAUAUUCUGCUUUUUAUACAUUUCAGUGCUCUGCAUACAUUUUAAAUUAUGAAUGUUGUGCACUGGCAAUGCUAUUUUAGAGUCUGCAGAGAAGAGAAAGCAUGUUGCUUAAACAUCCUUCCCCAGCACCAGCUAUUGGUGUACCUAUAAUUUAAGAAAUAGUCUAUGUAAAGUCACAAAUUAAUGAAAAAAAUUCGCAUGAAAAUGACAGAUAACACUGUAUUCCUAAAAAAAUUAAAUGCAUAAGCAUAGGGUAGAAAUUUAAAUAACAAAAUUGUCUACAGCUUCUUACUAAGUUUUUAAAAUUAUUCAUAAAAUGCAGACAUUUUGGUGAAUGUUUAGCCAUUUUUAAUCUUAAUAAACUGAUGUUAAGGGUUUGAUUCAGAAAUGUCUGCUCUUUUAAAUUAUAUAUUAAAAAAUAGCCUGCCAUGGGACAGGUGUGUAAUGUUAGUAUGCAUGACUAAUGUAAGAAAUUGUUAUUCCACUAAUAUUUACUUGUGAUUGUGUGACAAGCGUGUUUACAGAUUAUUUGGUUACACUUCAAUUUACAGGGCAUAAACAAUGAUUAUCUAUUACUCUGAACUUUAUUGAUUACAUGUCCUUCAGAUUACAUGGGAUGUAGUUGGGAGUUACCAUGUAACUCAAACAUGAUUAACAUGUAAUUAGUUUACAGGUUUUAGGGCGUCACUUCAAGUUACCAGGCAUGUGGUCUUAGCUCACUAGCAUGGCCCAGCCAUGUACUUACAAUGUAGCUACAGAGUAAUUACAUGGUUAUUUUUGCAAUGUAAAAUAAAGUGUUUCUGAUUGUUUUCUAUGUAAAGGAACCCUCUCCCUCCCCUUCCUGGUCCCCACGCUUUGGUAUAAUAUAUACUUCUCCAUACACAGACCUCUGCAGAAUGCAAAAUAAAACUUGCAGUGAAUGAAUUUAGCAUUUUAUGAGAGUGCUGUUGGAAAGACUUGAUAAUUCACCCCUUUUGUUUUGAAGAGUUGAAUCUUCUGUUAAAAGGUGAUUUAAAACUUGAAUGUGAUGAAUUGUGGCAAGUUAACUUCAAGUUAUGUGCAAUACUUAUUUCAAACUUUUGAAAGAUCUUUGCAGUGUAAUUCUUUGUUUUUAAUUGCAGACAUUUAAAAAUGUCAUUUUCUACUGUUAAGAGUAAUCCUCUUUCUUGCUGGUGUUUCUAAAGAAAAGAAUCAGAAAUCAAUCUUUCUACUAAUGUAAAUUUGAGAUUAUUUUUAAAAAUGGGAUAAAAGAGGUUUUGGUCAUUUGCUUUAUUUUAUUAUCUUAUUUUAAAGCUACUGUGAUUGAUAGCAUUGUAAGAAUUGGGACAAUAUUGUAUUCAACUGUUUUAUUUUUUAUAUUUUUAAAAUUUAAAGUAUAAUUAGUUUUUAUAAUUUUCAUCAGAUUUUUGUUAUAUUUUUUGGAAGUGAAACUUUUAGCAAGUGGGUGUCUAGUUUUUACUAAUCCCUAAUUUUUUUCCAGUGUAUUGCUCAUAUUAUCAGAAGGAAAAGUUAUUUAAGUAUGUCAGUUAAUUGUACUACUUGGCUGAAUUUCCACAUAGUUUUUACUGUGUAUGGGGAGGUUGUAGUAUUUAUUAUAGCAUUUUAAAUAAGGGUAAUUCAUUUUUUAUUAAAGUCAUUUUCACGUUAAGUUCCUAUUUUUGUAUGUUCUACUCUUAAGUUAUAUAACACAGUUCCUUUUUUAAAAGAGUUCAUUUGUUGAAGUGCUAGUGGAAAAUUAAUGUUAUUAAAUAGUUUGCAAAUGACUAUUUAUACCAGUAUGCAUAUAAUUUUUAAAUAUUUGUAAUGUGAGAUGUUGAAUGAAUAAAACUUUUAACUCA